CUCUCUCUCUCUCUCUCUCUCCAGUAGUGUCCAGUCUAGAUUUUGGUGUGUGUGUAUGCAGAAGCACAGAUUCUAACUCAUUCUCUCUCCCUGUACGCAAUGGCUCACCUCUUCAGAGACCUGUCUCUGGGCCACUCCAAGAGGGAGACAACACCGCCACCGCCGCCGCCGCCAUUAAUGCUUGCCAAAGCUCAUCCCACCGAUCUACCGUCCCCACUCGGCCAACUCGGCGCCCAGCUCACCGAUUCCGAACUCCGGCUCACCGCCUACGAGAUCUUCGUCGCUGCCUGCCGCACCUCCACCGGCAAGCAACUCACCUACGUCCCCAAUCCCGACUCGCCGGCUCAUCACUCCCCGGCCUCGCCCGGGUUGCAGCGAUCCCUCACCUCCACCGCCGCCAGCAAGGUCAAGAAGGCAUUCGGCCUCAAAUCGCCAUCCGGGUCGGGCUCCAAGAAGAGUCCCGGGUCGGGACCCGGUUCCGGGUCUGGUCAGGUGAAGCCGAGGAGGCCAAUGACUGUUGGGGAGCUUAUGAGGACUCAAAUGGGGGUCUCGGAGGCCGCGGAUUCCAGAGUCAGAAGAGCUCUACUCAGGAUCGCUGCUGGCCAGGUUGGAAGGCGAAUUGAGUCGGUGGUAGUUCCACUAGAGCUAUUACAGCAGCUCAAGCAUUCAGACUUUACUGAUCAACAAGAAUAUGACGCAUGGCAGAAGAGAACCCUGAAAGUUAUUGAGGCUGGUCUCCUUUUGCAUCCCCAUACACCACUAGAUAAGUCAUAUUCUACUGCACAGAGGCUGCGGCAAAUUAUUCGUGGGGCUUUGGAUAAACCCAUAGAAACUGGGAAGAACAAUGAAUCUAUGCAAGUUCUUCGUAGCGCUGUUAUGGCUCUUGCUAGCAGAUCAUCUGACGGGUCUCUCUAUGAAACAUGCCACUGGGCAGAUGGGUUCCCGCUGAAUCUCCGGCUCUACGAAAUGCUGCUAGAAGCCUGCUUUGAUGCUAAUGACGAGACAUCUAUUAUUGAUGAAGUUGAUGAGCUGAUGGAACACAUUAAGAAGACAUGGGGAAUUCUUGGAAUGAACCAGAUGCUCCAUAACAUUUGCUUCACGUGGGUUUUAUUUCACCGUUUUGUUUCAACUGGCCAAGUUGAGAUGGAUCUGCUGUAUGCAGCUGAUAGUCAGCUUGCAGAAGUUGCAAAAGAUGCAAAAACAACAAAGGAUGCAGAGUACUCCAAGAUAUUGAGUUCUACAUUGAGUUCAAUGUUGGGUUGGGCAGAAAAAAGGCUCCUUGCAUAUCAUGACACUUUUGAUGGUGGAAAUAUCGAUACCAUGCAGGGCAUUGUUUCUUUGGGGGUAUCAGCUGCCAAGAUUUUGGUUGAAGAUAUAUCUAAUGAGUAUCGCAGGAGGAGGAAAGGUGAAGUUGAUGUGGCUCGCAACAGGAUUGAAACUUACAUCAGGUCAUCACUACGCACGGCUUUUGCUCAGCGAAUGGAAAAGGCAGACUCAAGCAGGAGAGCAUCCAAAAACCAGCCAAAUCCUCUUCCUCUCCUUGCCAUCCUUGCAAAGGAUGUUGGUGAUCUGGCCAUUAAUGAGAAGGAGGUGUUCAGUCCAAUACUGAAGAGAUGGCAUCCUUUUGCAGCUGGUGUGGCUGUGGCCACCCUUCACGCUUGCUAUGGGAAUGAGCUCAAGCAAUUCAUAUCGGGUAUAAUGGAGUUGACACCAGAUGCAGUACAAGUGUUGAGAGCUGCUGAUAAGCUGGAGAAAGACCUUGUGCAGAUAGCAGUGGAAGAUUCAGUGGACAGUGACGAUGGAGGGAAGGCAAUAAUUCGUGAGAUGCCUCCUUAUGAAGCUGAAGCUACAGUUGCCAAUCUGGUUAAAGUGUGGAUCAAAAAGAGCGUAGACAGACUGAAGGAAUGGGUUGACAGGAAUCUGCAACAAGAGGUGUGGAAUCCACAGGGAAACCAAGAAGGAUAUGCUCCAUCUGCUGUUGAAGUUUUGCGAACUCUAGAUGAAACUUUGGAUGCAUUCUUUCAGUUGCCAAUACCAAUGCAUCCUGCACUGCUUCCUGACUUGAUGGCUGGUCUUGACAGAUGUCUUCAACAUUACGUAACCAAGGCAAAAUCUGGCUGUGGAUCACGGAAUACAUUUAUUCCCACCUUGCCAGCAUUGACGAGAUGUACUAUAGGAUCAAAGUUCCAAGGCUUCGGAAAGAAGAAAGAAAAAUCUCCAAAUUCUCAGAAGAGGAAUCCUCAGGUUGCUACAAUGAAUGGGGAUAACACCUUUGGAAUAUUACAGCUGUGUGUUCGUAUAAACACCCUGCAAAGAGUCUGGAGUGAGUUGGAUGUUAUGGAGAAGAGGAUCAUCACUCGUCUCAGAAACUCUGAGUCUGCUCAUGCAGAGGACUUUUCAAAUGGUUUGGUUAAGAAAUUUGAGCUUUCUCCGGCUGCUUGUAUUGAAGGAAUUCAGCAACUCUGUGAGGCAGUGGCUUAUAGAAUAAUCUUCCAUGAUCUAAGUCAUGUUCUAUGGGAUGGUUUAUAUGUUGGAGAGCCAUCAUCUUCUAGGAUCGAUCCUUUUAUUCAGGAGCUUGAGAAGAACCUGGUGAUCAUUUCAGACGCUGUGCAUGAAAGGGUUCGUACACGGCUUAUUACUGACAUAAUGAGGGCUUCCUUUGAUGGGUUCUUGCUGGUAUUGCUUGCUGGAGGCCCUUCCCGUGCUUUCUCUCGGCAAGACUCUCAGAUAAUAGAAGAUGAUUUUAAAUCCCUUAAAGAUCUAUUCUGGGUGAAUGGGGAUGGCUUGCCUUCUGAAUUGAUAGAUAAGUUUUGUACUACAGUGAGAGGAGUCCUUCCACUCUUCCGAACUGAUACCGAGAGCCUCAUUGAGCGGUUCAGACGUGUGACCUUGGAGACAUACGGCUCUUCUGCCAGGUCCAAACUUCCACUACCUCCAUCUUCUGGGCAGUGGAACCCAACAGACCCAAACACACUUCUACGUGUUCUAUGCUACCGGAACGAUGAAGCAGCUUCAAAGUUUCUAAAGAAGACUUACAAUAUGCCCAAAAAACUGUAAGAAACUUGAGCCUGGUGCAUGGACAGGGCAACCAAGGCAAGCUAUUCUUGCACUGAUGCUGCAUUUGCAGAACAUCUCGUAGUUCUGCUUGUAUUUAGUAAAGAUGGGCCAAGAAGUUCCUCCUCAUUUCAUGUGCGGGUGAGCAUCAGGUGCCUUAAAGAAGUAGCAAUGAUCCUGUAUAUUAGCAUUGGCCACUGUUUGUGACCAUCUAGAGUCCGAGCGGAGGCGAAAGGGGUGCGGAGGACUUCCAGAGGCAUGCUUGUGAUGGAAGGUGGACCGAUAUUCUUUGAAAUUCAUUGUCAUAUAAAGUCAUAUGAGAUUCCUUCGAUGUCCGUUAUAUACUGUAUUUUGUUUGUUUUCCUCCCAAGCUUCCUUAGCUCUCAGCUAAAUCUUUUCCCAUUCUUUGUUUCCUUUUUUUCCCACUUUUUGGUUGAAUUACUCUGUAGUGGUGGGUAUUAUUUUUUGUUUAUUCUAGUACUGAUAUUAUUUGUUAUUAGCAUGUAUUAUAAGGGUGGGGGCUACUUCUUGUUAAUUGCAGUCAGAUUUAUGUUCACUGUGUAUACUGUAAGCCUAUUUCUAUGCGAGUCUUGAUUAUUCUUAAUUCU